AUCCAACACUCCGAGAACAAUACGUGGCCUUCAUGACCGAGUACCUGCAGGGGUGCGUUCCAAAUCCCUACCUUGGUUACCAUAGGUCGUUCCAAAACCCUCGGUACGACUUUGAGGUUGGUUUAUAGUAACCUCACGUUACCGUUCCAAAACGCAUAAUUGGUUAACCACAGAGGUAGCUUUCUGACCUCUCAAAAUUCAGAGGUUGGAUAGUAACCAAGGCAAAGGCGGGAAAAAAAGCGGGUUUCAGUUAGUCCGAGGAAUAAGGCAUCAUGUCCGAUACUUUUGUACUUGUCCCAGGUCAGCAUACAUUAACUGUCGACGAAAAUCAGAAAGUGAGCAGAGGCGAAAAUGGUGGCCUUCUAAUUUAUGAUAAUUUAAGUGGAUCACUUUCUGAGUUACCGUUAUCGUCAGAGGUUUUAUCGUUUUUUAAUAUCUCCCUAACAGAUGAAAUUCUGGGAUCUAACAUGGAAAAAGAAUUCCUGAUAAAUGACUCACAUUCGGAAUCAGAGACCAGUGAAGGACGCUGUACGAAGUUAUCAAAACUUAAUUCAGCUACAUGGAAUGAUAAAGCUAUUAAACUCUUGUUUACUUUGUAUAAAGAUCAUCAAGAUGAUUUCAAGAAUACUGCUGUUAAAAAUGAUAUAGUGUGGGAUAAAAUUAGAACUCAAAUGAUAACUGAUGGAUAUAAUUUUACAAAGACACAAAUUAAAGAUAAAUGGACAAACAUGAGAAAACAAUAUAUGCGAGUCAAGGAUCAUAACAAACAAACAGGAGUCGAACGCAAAUCUUACCGGUACUAUGAUGAAAUGAAUGAACUAUAUGGAAACAAACCAAGCGUGAAUCCUGUUGCACUUGCAUCAAAUAUGGAAAAGAGUGAUGACGAAAAUAUAUCUUCAGAGCAUUCAACAGACAACGAACAAUGUCGGAAGAAAAGUAAGGUCGAACGUCAACUAUCAACGUGGACAGAGAAAUUUAUUCAACAUGCUAAAGAACGAGAGGAUCGACGUGAGCAUCGCCAUUCUGAAAGAAUAGUUGCUAUUGAAAAUGCAACAAAAGCGUUCCGUGAUGUAAUGGAAAAGUUAAUUGAUAAAUUAUAA